UCGAAAAAAAAAUUCUCAAGUUGUACCAGCGAUCAUCGAGCACAAUUGCGCACAUAAGGAUCAAAUUUCAAAAGAAAAUCGAGCAAUCCAAUUGAAGUAUGUUCAUUUGAAGUUUGCUAGUGGCUUGAUUUCGUCGUAUAACAAGGAAUCGGGACUUCAAGAGGUAAUAGAAAAACCCUAACUUUCGUUUGUGUUUAGUCGGUUCUUGCCAUUUGCGACAAAUUUUUGCAAUUAUUCCCUUUCCUUUUUUUUAUUAUAUUAUUAUGCCUGGAUCUGGAAAAAAUUUGAAUAUGGGUAAAGCUAAUGAGGUUGACCCAUUUACCCUUGUCCUCAGCGCAAGAGAAGUAAGCUUUCUAUUGGCAUAAAUUUCUUGCCGACGCUAAAAAGUCUCUACAUCCUGAUAAUCUUGAUAUUUUAGAAGACGUAGAGAUUGUUGAUGUUGAACCUCUAAACAUCCGUUAUCAUUUACGAAGGUUUUCAGAAUUCUAUCUCAACCGGUACGAUACAAAUAUUGGCAAAAUAGGUGUAAAAAGUACAAGGAUGCCGAGAGCAAAAUGUUACUAGUUAUGCGCCCGAGGAAGCCAAAAAUGUUAGUCGGCGUCCUGGCAAAGAACCAAUCAUAGAGCCAGAUCCGCCGACAUCAGAUUUUCGAGAUGAGGACGUGGAAUUUGUCGAAAGAAGUGUUGAGAACUUGGAAGAGGAAGAAGAUCAGAGUGUUGGUAAUGUCCGUGAAGGUGAUGAGGGAGUUGAGGAAGAAGAUGAUGAUGAAGAAGGUGAUGAGGAAGAAACUGAUGAGGAGAUAAACAAUGAUGUAGCCAUUGCCGAGCAGGUGUUGAAGGAAGAGAGGCUUGAUGUGGGUUACAACUCUUAAGAAGAUGACCCUAUAUAUCGAGAGCCACUACGCUUAUCCAGUGAUCUUAAGGUGGUAGACACAGUAGUUGAUCCGAAUUGGCUUAAGGUUUCCACCGAGAAGGAAUACUGUCGACAUGCUCAGCAUUUCUACAAUCUAACUAAGGGUUAUGAGCUAACAUGCCUGAAGAGGGAAAAACCGCUCUAGAUUGUCCUGACGGUCACAUCGUUGUGUAUGCCAAGCACUUCCAAUUCGGUCUACGGUUCCCUUUACAUCCUUUUAUUGAAAAGAUCUUUAAGGCCUGGAAUGUUUGUAUUGCACAGUUGAUACCACCGACAAUUUGGAACGUCAUAUCACUUGUUUGGGUUAUGCUAUUCAUGGACUUUCCACUUUGAAUUUGUUCCAAAGGUUACACUGGAUCAAAAAGGACAGUCAGUCACCAAGAUUGUGGUCGUUAUACACGGCUACCAGUAAAGUUACAGUGUGGCCGAAAUUAACAAGCUGUAAAAAAUGGCAAAAUCAAUUUUAUUUUCUAAGGGUACUAGAUGAUUUUAAACUACGUAGAACUUUCUACCCUCCUCAUAGCAAUGCAAGUUUGAUACUAUUAAAGCUAGAAAGUUAGGGAAACAUGAAGAUAAGGCUUUUCGGUUUUUUGAUUAAACAUAUGUUAAUGUUGGUAAGAAAAAUAAAGCCGUUCCAAGGGUGUGGUUGCCUAAUUAUAUUCUAAGCAAAGCCCCUCUUUCACAUGUCAUUCUCUACACGACUAACGAAUAUGGUAUGACUUCACCAUAAGUUACUAAAAAUUUGUCAAUCUUUCAUAACUGGCUGUCAUGUUAUCGUCUAAUUGAAUUCUUAUAAUUCCACGUUACCUUCAUUUAUAUAUAUAUAUAUAUAUACUCUCACUUCUAAAAAAUUCUAUUAUUAUUGUGUGCAAGAAUCAACAAACUAGACUUCCUCACGACUGGGGUUGCCCUGCCGGUUUACGCCACUAGAGCUUCAAAGGGAAAAUAAAGGAGCAAGUGCGAUAUGUCCUCGGCAGGCAAAAAAGAAAAGGGCCGAAAGCUCUCCCCCUCAAAAGGGGCGGCGAUGCCAGCGUUGGCUCCAAAAGGUUAGGUGACGUGACUGACCGGGAUCAGUCUAAGAAGCAAAAGACUAUCCCUUUAAAAGACCAACCAUCCGACAAGCCUAAUGAUGUUCCAGUUGAUACCAGGAGCAUUGUGGAUCUGGAGAGGGAUGAUGCCGACAAACUCAAGAACAUAGUGAACAUCAUUGCUUCUAAACAGCCGGUCAUCUGUGCCGACAAGGCAACUUCGCUGAACAAGGAUAUGCAACCCUCUGCUACAAUGCGAUCUGGCUCUAGCAGCCUAUAUGCCUUCAUUCCAUUGCUGACGAAUGAUUUUGUCGAAAUUUCCCAUGUCAAAAUUUCUGACGAAGUGAUGGAAGAAUUUUUGGUUCCUACCGGCACGGCAGAUGAACCAUGGCAUCCUCGCAUUCAGGUAAAUAGGGGAGAGUCUGUUAUCAUAGUUGCUGGGAGCAUGGGGUGGAGAAUGCUGAAAGAUUUAGCGACGCCUGCCGACAGGCCUAUUGAUCGGCUUUAUGCUCCCUGCAGCCAGCUAAUGAAUGAUAUGUUGAGGACUGUCAACUGGGCUGUGGAGGUUGUCCAUAUGUACAAGUAUUUCCAGAAAUAUGCAGACAAGGCAGCCGAGAAGGUGAAAAAGGCUGAUGAAGAGCGUAAGGCCGCCGUUCUCCAAGUCGAGGAUUACAAGGUCAAGAUGAAGCUUCUUGAAAAGCAGGUUACCGAUCAAGAAGAGUUGAAGAAAAAAUUGGUGGAUCAGAACAAGCUAAAAACAAAAAUUGCCAAUCUGGAAAAAAGCUUAAAGGUUGAGAAGGUAGAUAAAGAGAAGCUGAUGAAAAGCUUAGAGGAAGCUCGUCUUGAGAAGCCUGGUAUAAGGCGCAAAGCUGUCAACCGCUUCAUGAGGUCUGACUUAUACCAGGACAAGCUCGUGGAUCGUUAUACCGGUGGAUGGGUAGUGGCGCACCGUUGUGUGUGCAAAGUCGAGGACUGGGAGGAGAAGAGAUGGCAGGCAGUUGAGGAUGCUUACGACAAGGAUAAGCACCAUUCUCCUACCACUACGAGGAGACAUACUUCGCUGACCCUCCCACCAUUGAGAUAAUGACAAAUGCUAAUCCACGAGACAUGCCUGACGAGGAGUUUGAUGAUGCCAUACUUGCCAAGCCCCCUAGUAAGAAAUGACCGGAGAAGGAGUCCGAGAAGAAAAAAGAUUAAAGGGGCGGGCAGUCAUCACCAACUUCAUCAUGUGGAUCUUCUUUUUCUUGCAACUUCCGCUGAUCUUGGCAUGUGUAAAAUUAGUUUUUGUUUUUGAAGGCUAAGGUUCUUGUCUGUAUAAAACUUUUCACCUCUUUGGGUAGUGUAUAAACAAUUUUACCUCUUUGGGUAGUAUCAGUCUGAUCCUCGUGUUUUUUGGGUGAUGAUUGUCGGUGUUUUUAGGAUUUCCUUUUAAAAAACUUUUAAGUAGGGGUGGCAAUUCGGGUCAGAUUUCGGGUCGAUUUCGAGUUGUGCUUAAAAACUAUCAAAAAUAGUGUAAAACUGAAUAUUAUUACGAAAUAUGAAAUUUAGGUUAAA